AUGAAAGCGAGAAAAACUCCUACAAGCCCGUUUAGGAAAGGAGAAAACAGAAGGAAAAAUAAUUUAGAUGAAGAGCAGCUAGCUGAAAUUAAAGAAGCUUUUGAUUUGUUUGAUACUGAGCAUUCUAAUGAAAUAGAUGCAAGAGAAUUAAAAGCGGCAAUGCGAGCUUUAGGUUUUGAAUUAAAGAAAAAUGAUAUAAGACAGAUCAUGCAAGAUCUAGACAAAGACGUAACUGAAAAAAUCGAUUUUACCCAAUUUCUAUCAAUAAUGGCUCCAAGAAUGUCCCAAAAAGAUACACGUGAGCAGAUCAUGAAAAUUUUUAAGCUGUUUAACGAAGAAAAAAAUGGGAAAAUCUCUUUUCGGGAUUUAAAAAGAGUUGCGACUGAGCUAGGAGAAAGUCUAAACGACGAUGACCUUCAUUCAAUGAUAGAAGAAGCUGAUAAAGAUGGGGACGGACUGCUAAGUUUUGAUGAGUUUUACAGAGUCAUGAAGAAGCGAGGCAAUGAUCCUCUUCAAGAUAUUGAUAGUGAUAGCGACUAA